AUGGCCUCAGCAACUUCGGCUCCCACCUCGAGUCUUCGCAUAGCCCAGGUCAACUCGUUGCUCUCCCUCCUCAACCUCAACACCUCGUCCUUCAACCAUGCCGCGUCCACAUCAUCCGCACCAGGAUCGAAUUACAACUCGAGACCAGGGUCCGCGGCUGGUCAUACUGACUCUGCGACAGGAGCAGGCGGCGCGGACCCAGCCAUCCCAUCCGGCCCACCAGUAUGGAAGGUGCUCAUCAUGGACAAGGUCUCCAAGGACAUCCUAGCCACGUCACUACGAGUCCAAGAUCUGCGAGAGAACGGUGUCACGUUGCAUAUGCAGCUGCAUUCGGAUCGGCCACCACUUCCAGACGUACCUGCCGUCUACUUUGUCUCGCCCACCUCCCAGAACGUUCAACGGAUCGCGCAGGACAUGAAGCGGAUGCUCUAUGAAAGCUUUUACGUCAACUUCACCAGCACCGUGCCCAAAGCUGUGAUGGAGGAGUUUGCCAACCUUGUAGCAGCAGAUGGGACAGGGCAACUGGUACAGCAGGUUUACGAUCAGUACUUGAACUUCAUCGUCCUCGAGCCGAACCUGUUCGAGCUUCUUCCGGAUGCAUCGACGCCUACCUCCAGUACAGCUGCCACGAACGGCGCUGCUGCCUCUGCAUCAACCAGCCUCACAACCUACGAGCGUCUCAACGACCCCAAGUCCGGCCAAAAGGACGUCGAAGAUGCCACCGACCGCAUCGCCGCCGGCCUCUUCUCCACCCUAGCAACCAUGGGAGCGCUCCCCAUCAUCCGCUCGCCUCGAGGCAACGCCGCCGAACUCGUCGCCCGCAAGCUCGAGUCCAAGAUCCGCGAGCACAUCACCAGCUCUCGCGGCGGCACCAACCUCUUCUCCGAAUCCUCUGCCAGUCAUCCCAGCUGGUCCUCCUCUCGACCGCUCCUCGUGGUUCUCGAUCGCAACGUCGACCUGGUCCCCAUGCUUGCGCACAGCUGGACGUACCAAGCGCUGGUUCAGGAUGUGUUGGAUCUGCAGCUGAACCGCGUGACGGUGGUUUCGAGCGAAAACGGAAUCAGCAGUAAAAAGACGUACGAUCUCGACUCGAAGGACUUUUUCUGGUCCAAGAACUCGGCUACCCCUUUUCCGCAGGUGGCGGAGGAUAUCGAUCACGAGUUGAACCGGUAUAAAUCGGAUGCUGCGGAGAUUACGCGCUCGACGGGGAUCAGCAGCAUGGACGAGGUCGGGCAGCUGGAUGCGACGUCCAAUGCGGCGCAUCUGAAAGCGGCCAUUACGGCACUGCCCGAGCUGACGCAGCGCAAAUCGACCAUCGACGCGCACAUGAACAUCGCCACGUCUUUGCUGCAGGGCAUCAAAUCGCGCGGGCUCGACACGCUUUUCCAGUUGGAAGAAGCCAUCGCACGCCAGAAGAAGGAGGCGAUUCUCGAGGUGGUUCGCGACCAAUCGUUGGAGGAUGUCAACGACAAGUUGCGGCUCUUCAUCAUCUUCUACCUCUCCGCACCCGAUUCUGCGCUGUCCCGGUCCGACGUGGAAGACUUCGAACGAAUCCUCCGGGAACAAGGAGCGGAUCUAUCGGCGUUGACGUAUGUCAAAAAGGUGCGCGAGUUGACUCGGAUGACGAUGCUCGCCUCCGCGCCUGCACCCGCAACGACGACGGAGCCGAGUGCGGGUUUCAAAGGUUUCUCCUCACUCUCCUCUCGAUUGACCGAUCGACUUAAAGAUACUGGGUUGGAAAACCUGGUCCAGGGGGUGAAAAACUUCCUCCCCGCUCAGAAGGAUCUCACCAUCACCCGUCUGGUGGCCUCACUGAUGGAGCCGCAGGGAGCAAACGCCCAAGCGCUCAAGGAGACGGACGAGUAUCUGUUUUUCGAUCCCAAAGCCCCGCGAACGCGCGGGGCGGCAGGAGCAGGCGGCGUCAAGGCGAGACAGGUGUUUAGCGAAGCUAUCGUGUUUGUCGUCGGCGGAGGUGGGUAUGUCGAGUUUGCCAAUCUGCAGGAGUAUGCGGCGCGCACGACGGCGGCGGGUGGACAAGCCCCAGGAGCAGCGGGUACGGUGGGGAAGAAGAUCACCUAUGGCGCGACGGAGAUCUUGAAGCCUAUCGAGUUCGUGAGGGCUUUGGCGCAUUUGGCUGGCGGAGACGUGGCCAAGGCUGGCCCAAGCGUGACAAGUGCCGCCAAGUAA